CCGUUGAUCGGAGUAUUGGGAAUUGUUGUCAAUGGCGUAUGGCGGUUCGCCCAAAAACUGCCACACGGAUAUGGCGUAUCGGCAUGGCGGGAUUUGGCGUUCGAUGGAUAAAUAAAAAAAAUAUUAUUAAUACAUAGUAUAUACAUAUGUAUAUAAAUUCAAACAAUUAGAAAAUAAUAGUAGAAACAAGUAUUAAACCAUAAGUGGUAGUAAUAAUGUCUAAAUUUAUAAUAUCCAGACUCAAUAGUAUGGGCCGGGUUAUAUGGGUAAAUGGGCUGGUCUGUGGAGGUUCUGGGCAAAGCCAAGGGGGACUGGAGGGCUGCUGAGGUUCUGAAAGAAGGCGGGCAAUGCGGGUCAAUGGGUCGGGCUCGUGGUAAAUGGAGUGAAAAGUCAAAAUUGACCGCCAGGGUGGCCGCCACAAAAAAUGCUAAAAACCGACGUGGCAAAAAUGCCUCGGCUUAGCGCUAUAGCACUGCCAGUCAGAAAUUUGACAAUAUUGAUGGUAGGAUAUUAUCAACUUGGUGCAGGUUGAAUUGGUUUUUAAGAAGAAUAUUGUUUGUUUUUUCGAUAACAAUGAUGUUUGCAGGAUUCCUAUUAAAUUUGCUGUCCUGUUCUGAAAAUAUGAGCGAAGUUACUAAAACUUGCAUUCAUGUAUAGACUAUGUGCUUAUUUUGAUGUGCGACUUUGAUCUGUUCUCGCUGCUAGCCUGCUACAAGUAGUUCCUAACUACACGUGCACUGUUGUUUUCCUAUUGGCUAUUACUAUGUUUUGCUUCCAUUGUCUUUUGACUGAGUGUUUUACUUAUUGUUAUUGGCUCUUUUUAAUGUUCUUGCAGUUAGUGUGAUAGAAUGAGCCGCCCACAAGAACCACACAGCCCUUUCCUCCCCUUUGGAAACCCUUUCCGUAGGAUGUCACCAAAGGGUUCAUACCUGUCCCCUAAACUUCUUGCUUUGUUGAAUACCUUUGAAGAGACAUUGCAGGGUAGGAUUAAAAAUCUUAGGCCAGUAGGUACGGAUGAUGUCCUGCGCUUAUCGUGGAUGAGGUUUGCGAUGGACACACUGUGUAAAAUUCAUACCGACGUGAAAGCAUUAAUUACUGCUCUUGAACUCCCUGUUUCUGAUUGGGAUGACAAAUGGAUAGAUGCAUAUUUAGAUGAUAGUGUACAGUUGCUUGAUAUCUGCAUUGCUUUCAGCUCUGAGAUAUCUCAGCUGAAACAGGGCCAUCUCUUUCUUAAAUGUGUCUUGCGCAACUUUGGUGAUGCUCCCGCAAAACAGCUUGAACGGGCCCGUUCUUCCGCAGACGGAUGGAAGCAACAUGUUGCUAAGAAGAAUCCAAGAUUUGAAAACUGCUUCUCUGCCAUGGAUGUCCUGGCUGAAAAACUGGACCUACCAAAAAUCAAGAACUCGGCCAAAGGAAAGAUCUUGAUGCAAGCAAUGUAUGGAGUCAAGGUCGUUAGUCUCUUGGUAUGUAGCAUAUUUGCAGCUGCAUUCUCUGGUUCCACAAAGAAGUUGUUGGACCUACAGGUUCCCGAAACUUUCUCAUGGGCAGUGGCGUUUUCUGAGCUCCAGGCUUUUGUAAAUACUGAAAUAAGAAGCCUACACUCGAAUGGGAGGACCACGAUACUGAAGGAGCUAGAAGCUGUUGAUACAGAUGUGAAGAAGUUGUACCCAAUUGUGCAAGAAGGGGUGAACGCGGUUGAAGCUCAAGUAUUGGAAAACUCAAUAUCAGAUAUAGGAAAAUCGGCAGAAAAACUCUCACAAGGACUUGAUCUACUUGCAAAGGAUGUAGACAAGUUCUUCCAGAUAGUUCUAAUGGGACGUGACGCUUUACUCGGUAACCUUAGGAUUGGUGGUAGUGCAUCUAACAGAGUGCAUCGAGUGAACAUCAAUGUAGGAGGCCCAAUGGUUAGGUGAAGGUUAAAUGUAAACUCACUCCUUUGUACACAAGUGUGUAGUUUAGGAGUAGUGUGUUUUCUGUUUGAAUAUCUACUUAAAAUAUGUGAGUUGUGCUGUGCGUGUCUCUGGCAUAUAAUCGAUAAAUGGUUCAACCUUUAUGUAGUACUGGUAUUAAUGAAAUAUAAAUAUGGCAUUAUAUCUA